GUUGCUGAAGUUAACAUGGCUACGAAAGAUCAGGUCGACAGUUUAACCAAGGAGCUCGAUUGUCCCAUCUGCCUGGAUUUCUUCACCGAUCCGGUGUCACUGGAGUGUGGGCACAACUUCUGCCGCUCCUGUAUCACACAGAGUUGGGACAGGGAGGGGAGAAACUCCUGCCCGGAAUGUAGAGAGGAGUUUGUGAAUCGCACCCUCGGGGUAAGUCGGGCCUUGGCGAGACUGUCAGAUAAAUUUCGGACACUGCGCGAGAAUCAGGAGAAGGGAGUUACACACGACUGCGAAGAACAUCAGGAAGAGCUAAAGCUGUUUUGUGAAGCUGAUAUGGAGCUGAUCUGUGUGAUUUGUGCAGCGGGGCGGAAACACAAGUCUCACAGCUUCACGCUGAUAGCAGAAGCUGCUGAAUUCUACAAGGAUCAAGUGAGAUACUCCUUCGAAUCUCUCGCCAAAAAUAAAUCAGAGAUCCAGCAAAUGGAGCAGCAACAGAAACAGAAGAUUUCUGGAGUUCUGAAACAGUCACACAACCUUCAGUCACAGAUCGCAUCCCAGUUUGCUGAAUUAUUAUAUUGCAAUCAUUACACUUGUAGAAUCUCUACGCCAAUGUCCACUUCUGUCUGUGUCACAACAACAAUAAGAGUUGGGAGAUGGAAAAGUUCUGGAGCUUGUUGUAAUUUGUGUGAAACUCCCACUGUUGGAAUGGGAAUGUCCCGUAUCAGUCUACUCAGAUUUGUGUUUGAUUUCUUGCAGGAGCAAGCUGGUGCGAACAGGAGGGAAAGUGAGGAAGUGAAAACACUCUCAGUGACAGACGGUGCCUUGACGAUUGACAAAAUCGAUCACCACUUUUUGAUGAACACGUUGUGGAGAGAAACGUCUACCAUUAAUCAAGUCUCCGUCACCCUGGAUGUGGAAACGGCUCAUCCCAACCUCGAGGUGUCUGUGGAUCGGAAGGGGGUGAGAUGGACCGGGACCCUGAUGAAUCUCCCUGACACCGGGAAGAGGUUUACAUUCAGUCGGUGUGUGCUGGGAUCAGAGGGAUUCACAUCGGGGAGACAUUACUGGGAGGUGGAGGUGGCGGGUACCCGGCGCUGGAGUCUGGGAGUCGCCGCAGAAUCUGUAGAGAGGAAGAGAGUGGUGGAACUGACCCCGGAGACUGGAGUCUGGAUCAUCAGGCGGCGAGGUGACAAGUUUGAUCCAUUCACUUCCUCUCCAUCCCGUCUCCCAACCCGUCCCAUCCCCGGGAGGGUGGGAGUUUAUCUCAAUUACGAGUCCGGGACAGUUUCAUUUUAUGACGCGGACACCAAGUCCCAUCUCCACACCUUCACUGGGAAUAAAUUCACGGAGAAACUUUAUCCUUUCUUCUGGACUUGGGCUGAAUACUUUUGUGAAAAUAUAAAGAUUGAAGCAAUCGCCCUGGGCUCCGCGGGUUCAGCAGCAGCAGCCGCGGGCCGCGAGUCCUGA